UAAGAAAACCACGCCGCUCUAAAGCUUCCACCACCAGAGUCUCCUCGUGUCUGGGUCCGGCCUCGGCAUCGCUCAGAGCCCGUCCCCCGACCGCGGCGGACAGAGAGAGAGGAGCGGUGGCAGCGCGGCAAGACCCACGGAAGAAGAAGAAGGAGGAGGCGGAGGAGGAGGAGGAAACGGCCCGGAGAUGUCAGCGGUGAAGAAGAGACACUCCAACUCUUCCGGAGGCCGGGAGGAAGACACGCAGGUGACCGAGAGGAUGCUGUCGGCCGGCUCCAGUCCAGCCGGAACGCCGGGGAGCGACGCCAGGAGCCCCAGCGGGCUGCUGGCCGCGGAGGCAGCGGAGGGCGGGGUGGCGCUGAAGAGGACCAUCACGCUGGUGAACGGCGUGGCCAUCAUCGUGGGCACCAUCAUCGGCUCCGGCAUCUUCGUGACGCCGACCGGCGUGGUGCGGGAGGCGGGCUCGGUGGGUUUGUCCCUGGUGGUGUGGGCGGUGUGCGGCGUGUUCUCCACGGUGGGCGCGCUGUGCUACGCCGAGCUGGGGACCACCAUCUCCAAGUCGGGCGGGGACUACGCGUACAUCCUGGAGGUGUACGGCUCCCUGCCGGCCUUCCUCAAGCUCUGGAUCGAGCUGCUCAUCAUCCGGCCCUCCUCCCAGUACAUCGUCGCCUACGUGUUCGCCACCUACCUGCUGAAGCCCCUCUUCCCCGUGUGCCCGGUGCCGGAGAACGGGGCCAAGCUGGUGGCCUGCCUCUGCAUCCUCUUGCUGACGUUCGUGAACUGCUACAGCGUGAAGGCGGCCACCAGGGUGCAGGACUUCUUCGCCGCCGCCAAGCUCCUGGCGCUCGCCCUCAUCAUCAUCAUCGGCUUCGUCAAGAUCGGCCAAGGUGAUGUGGAUCGACUUCUCCCAGAAAACUCCUUCAAAGGUUCCAGUUAUGAGUUCGGUAACAUCGGCCUGGCGCUCUACAGCGGCCUGUUCGCCUACGGUGGCUGGAACUACUUGAACUUUGUUACAGAAGAAAUGAUCGAGCCUUACAAAAACCUUCCUCGAGCCAUCAUCAUCUCUCUGCCCAUCGUCACGGCUGUGUAUGUUCUCACCAACCUGGCCUAUUUCACCACGCUGUCCCCCGACGACAUGCUCGACUCAGAGGCUGUUGCUGUGGACUUUGGAAACCACUACCUGGGCCCCAUGAGCUGGAUCAUCCCCGUGUUCGUGGGUCUGUCGUGCUUCGGGUCAGUUAACGGCUCUCUGUUCACCUCGUCCAGGUUGUUCUUUGUGGGCUCCCGGGAGGGUCACCUGCCCAGCCUGCUGUCCAUGAUCCACCCCAAACUUCUGACGCCGCUGCCCUCGCUCAUAUUCACGUGUCUGAUGACGCUGCUCUACGCCUUCUCCAACGACAUCUUCUCCGUCAUCAACUUCUUCAGCUUCUUCAACUGGCUCUGCAUCGCCAUGGCCAUCAUCGGCAUGAUGUGGCUCCGCUACAAGAAGCCCGAGCUGGAGCGGCCGAUCAAAGUCAACAUCCUGCUGCCGGUGAGCUUCGUCCUCGCCUGCCUCUUCCUCAUCAUCGUGUCCUUCUGGAAGACGCCGGUGGAGUGCGCCAUCGGCUUCGGCAUCAUCGCCACCGGGCUGCCCGUCUACUUCGUCGGCGUCAUUUGGCAGAACAAACCCAAGUGGCUGAUGGAUGCUAUCUCCACCACCACCGCCUGGUGUCAGAAGGUCAUGGAGGUCGUGCCUCAGGAGUCCUAAAAGCCCGUCGGCCUUUCUUACGCCCAGAGGAAGCACCGACGCUGACCUCCGGGCAUCCGAACAGAUGAAGUUCGGCCUCCGCUGACGUCUUCAACACACACACACACACACACACACACACACACACACACACACACACACACACACACACACAGGCCUGCAGACGGCCGAUCAGGACAUCGUCUUCAACGUUCUCUGCUCUGAAUGUGACCGAUGUGAAUUGGACGUUGUCUUAAGGGUUUUUUAGUUGCUACACGUUUUAGCUCCGUUGAUUCUUGUUCCAUGAAGUUCGCUAUUUUUAUUUUUUUUUUUCCCCCCCUGUUGUUGUUAUUUAAAUGUUUACAGCUUUUAGUGUUGAGAAGGCGGAGCGAAUCAGGACUCGGAUGCCCGUCUCUCCUCAUGUUUGGUGUUGGGUGUCUGAUGGAGGCCGUGUCUCACGCGGCUCGUUUCUUCCGUCUGAAGCGAUCAGACGUUUUCCGUUAAAAGCCCACAUUUCUCUGAGCAAACCUGCGUUCUCACUAGGUUUCUGUCCCACCAGCCGCUCGGCACGGCGGCCAUUUUUUAUGUUCACUACGCCGAUCGCUGCGUUUAGCUCACUGAGCCCGGCUCUCGGAGUUGCACCUGCACCCCACCGAGAGGCAGCGUUCAGACUGUAACUACAGCCUGCAGGGUGCCGGGCAGAAUCCAGGUGUGUGUAGGGGGGGGGGGGAUCCGUGCACAGGUGUAUGACUGAAGGCUGUGAAAUUAGAUAAAAUCUUUUGUAAUUUUUCAUGGAAUGACCAAGUUUUCCUACAAGGUUAUUUUUUUUUAUGUGUUUUUUGUUGUGUUUUAAGUGAAAUCAAGGCCUUUGCAGACCACGUGUGUAUUUGGAGUCGGAUAUAAAAAAUCUUUCUCACAUAUAAACAUCAGCAUGUUUCCUCCCAGGCAGCCAGAGCUUCCUGAAACCUCAGAAAUUGAUCUUGAGCCGCAGUUCUCUGAGGGUUUUUCAGCAUUUUUCUUCAGACUUUUGCCGCUUUUUCUCUAAUUUUUCUGCUAACCUACUUAGUCAUUUUGGUUUUUGGUUUUUUUUUUGCAAAUUUCCCAUUUCUUUAGUUGAAUCUUUGAAAAAUGCCAAAGACGGCACGGUUUGAUGCAAACGGCCAAAAAGGAGCAGAAGUCCAAAGAGAAACAUUGUAAGACCUUCAGGAAACCUGCAGAACUGUUGAUCCACAAAUUCAGUUUUCUAAAUUCUACAAACUGAUUUUGCACGCUUCAGCCUCUGAAGAUUUACUUCUGUCAUUGACUCUUUUGGAGUAACUUAAUUAAUUUGCAUUCUUUCUCAUAAAUUUCAUUCCUUUUAUGAGUUAAACUGAGCCCAGAAAGUAAAGAAGUUUGUGUGAUUUGAUUCCUGCUUGAUUUAUUGCUGUUUGGCAAUAAAUUUUACACUGUUUCCAAACCCAUUUAUUUCCUGUUAAAUGGUGUCACAUCAGGAGGGAAAAUGCGUUACUGAGGCCAGAUUUGCUUCGUUAAGUCGCAUUUAUCCGAUGCAACAAAGCAAAGCAGUCAGUAGCAGAACAAACUGCUUUGCUUUCCCACAUUCUCCACUUUUUUUCUAACAACUGUGGCACCAUUUACGCAGAAACCACCAGGCUUACCGCUUAAAAGCAAAGAAACUAUGGGCCAAGCAGACAUCUCCUAACUUUUUAGGCUCAGUAUAUAUUUGAACAUUCAGAGCCAGGCUGAUUCACUUUGUUUCCCAGCACGGUGCACUUUAUAACAAAAGGAUAUUAAGCAAAGAAUGAAGUGGUUGGUUUGAUAAAUUGAUUGUAAAUUGAUAUAAACCUGGAAGAAAUUAUUCUUUCUCCUUUUUUUACUGUUUCAAACAGAUUGAAUGAACUCAGUAUUAAUUUAUUUGCCCAAACUGCUGCGAUUAUUUUUUAUAUUAUUAAAAGCAUUUAAAAAGCGUGUUUCAAAUACAGCGCUGGUGUGCAAAGGCCUUUGAAGUAUUAGCAGGUGGUCAAAGAGGAUUUUUACUUUUUCUAAUGGAAUCGUCGAAGUGCUGCAGGAGCCCAGAUUCAGACCCCGCUGUUUAGUUUUGUUUUUCACCGCCUUGUUUUUAGAAUUUAUUUUAGACAAUGGCAGUUCUUUUCAUAGCUGUAAUAUUAUUAUCCUUAUUAUUAUUAACUACAAGCGCCUCCAGACCAAAUGUGCACAAAGUGUCACCGUAGAUGAAUCGGGAGGCGUUAACGAGUAAAUCUUAGUGGUAGAAAAUCUUCCUAACACUCCAGCUGUCAGAAAGCAGAAGAAGAAAAAAGAUGGCAGACUAACCUCACUGUAGAAAAGUUUAUUUAUUUAUUUUUUAGAUUUCUUUUAUUGUUAUUAGUCCCGCUAAUUUGUUUACAGGGCAUUUUAUGAGAAGUGCAUUAAAAUAAAUUCUGUUUUUUUUCCA